AGGCUUGGUGCCGCGCGCUGAGGUGGCUAAAGCGAGAAGGCGGCGGGAGGGAAGAUGGAGGUGGCGGCUGUGCCGGGUUCGGCGUGGCUGGCGGGGCUGUCACUGGUCCUCGGCGGCCUCGUUCUCUGGCUGGUGCUAGUCCUGCUGAGGCGGAGGACGGAGGAAGCGGAGCCCAGCCGGAAGGGGACGGAGCCCGUCACGAUCGACGAUCAGGAUGUGAACAGUGAAGCAGCCAGCAAAACAGUAGUCCCGAAGAAGCAGAAGCAGCUUCAGCGGAUCCGCAAAGAGAAGCCCCAGCAACACACCUUCACCCACCCGCUCCUGGCUUCGGCACUCAAAGGCCACAGCGGGAGCAUCACCUGCCUGGAUUUCAGCAGCAAUGGGAAGUACCUGGCGUCCUGUUCUGAUGACCGCACCGUCCGCAUCUGGAGCACCAAGGACUUCCUGGAGCGGGAGCACCGCUGCAUGCGAGCCAAUGUAGAGCUGGACCAUGCCACUUUGGUCCGCUUCUACCCAGACUCCAGCAGAGCCUUUAUUGCGUGGCUGGCCAAUGGAGACACCUUCAGGCUGUUCAAAAUGACGAAGAAGGAAGACGGCAGCUUCACAUACGCCGCACUUCCAGAAGACUUCCCAAAGCUGCACAGAGCCCCCAUCAUCAACAUUGGAGUUGCAGACACAGGGAAGUACAUCAUGGCCGCCUUCAGUGACACCACCAUUCUCAUCUUGGACACAAAGGGGGACAUCCUCGCCACCAUCAACACCAACCAGAUGAACAACACCUUUUCAGCUGUGUCACCCUGUGGAAGGUUUGUUGCAUCGUGUGGCUUUACUCCCGAUGUGAAGGUAUGGGAGGUGUGUUUCACCAAGAGUGGGGACUUCCGGGAGGUGACCAGGGCCUUUGAGCUGAAGGGGCACACUGCUGGCGUGUAUUCCUUCUCUUUCUCCAAUGACUCCAGGCGGAUGGCAACGGUUUCGAAGGAUGGAACAUGGAAACUCUGGGACACAGAUGUCGAAUACAAAAAGCAGCAGGACCCGUACCUGCUCCUGACAGGUCGGUGCCAGGUGGCAGAGCCCUGUCGCAUCGCCCUGUCCCCUGACGCCCGAGCCCUGGCCAUCUCCAGCAGGACCAGCAUCUUUGUUUACAAUACCCGGAAUGGCGAGGAAGAGGAGCACUUUGAGGGCGUCCAUGGCGAGCACAUCACAGACUUGGCCUUCGAUGUGAGCAGCCGCUUCCUGGCUUCCUGCGGAGACCGGGCUAUCCGCGUCUUCCAUAACACAACCGGCUACCGGGCUGUGGUGGAGGAAAUGAAGGCCCUGCUGAAAAAGGCCACUAACGAGUCGACAAAGCAGAGACUGCAGCAGCAGGUCACAAGUGCCCAGAACGCUCUGGACGCCAUCUAUGGCAAGGGCAACUGAGCCCUUCCCAGAGCAGGGGUGGCUUCUGCUGGGCAGACCCAGGGCUAGGAUUUUCAUGUCAGAGAGACGGCUAAUAAAAUAUGUUUUGCACAA